AAUACAAACUGAGAAGCUCUAGUUUGUUUAUCCUCCCCCUCCUCUUCACUUGGAUUCCCAUCACCAUUUGUAAAAAAAAAAAAGCCUUAACCUUUUUUGCUCUAGAAGAACAAGUUACAAUCUUUAUAUAAAGGCUCAACCAAAUACGGCACUCCAAUUUUAGAGUUUUCCGUUUCCUGAUUUUCCGAAUUUGGUUUCUCCAAGACACCAAAUUGAUGCGUCUACUUUCCUCAAGAAAUACUGCACCUCCUUUUGUGUCUAUAUUUCCUCAAGAAUAUUGCACCUCCUUUCUGUUUCGUGUUGAUUAGGAAGUGUGAGAGAGAGAGAGAAAGAUGGGCAUCUAUCUAUCCAGAAAUAUAGCAAGUUUCAUUUUCUCCUCUCCCCUCUUCUCCAAGAAAAAUGGUGGUAUUCCCAUUCCCAUGCAGUUGGAGAACAUGGUCUCCUUGGUUUCCCGGACUGGAAGGCAUUUGCAGCGCUACGAUAAAGGCUGCCGCCAAGUUGUAGGAUGCAUACCCUACAGAUAUAGGCAAACAAAACAGGAAUCUUUAUCUACGGAGGAAAUAGAAGUUCUUGUGAUUAGUUCACAAAAGGGUAAAGGAAUGUUGUUCCCAAAGGGAGGUUGGGAACUUGAUGAGUCCAUUGAAGAAGCGGCUUACCGAGAAACGCUAGAGGAGGCUGGUGUGACUGGCCAUCUUGAGCCUAAAUUGGGCAAAUGGCGUUACAAGAGCAAAAGCCAGGGCACUUUUCAUGAGGGGUACAUGUUCCCUUUGCUUGUCAACAAGCAGUUCGAGUCUUGGCCUGAGAAGACUGUCAGGAAACGAGAAUGGAUGACUCUUGCUGAAGCUAAAGAAGCAUGCCAAAAUUGGUGGAUGAAGGAAGCUUUGGAUGAAUUUGCUCGUCGAAAAACGCAGCACCAAAAGAAAGAAGAACAAGAUGAGCCUGUUUGUACAUAACAGAGUGAGAGAGCCAUACUUUGGUUUUUGUUCAAUUAUUUGGACGACCAAACGGAUCUAGGGGGAGAAGUAACUUUCCAAUACUCAUUAGAAAUGAGCUAGUUAAAAGAGAAAACUGAAGAGUUGUUUCCUUUACAGUUCUGUCGCUGUACAAUGUAGUCGAAGAUCUAGAAACAGAACGCCUGUUAGAUGUACAAACUCCAUUCUUUCAAUUCAAUUCAUUUUGAUUCUUUUGUAUAUGAGUUCACCGUGGAAUAAUGAACGUUUUAGCCAACUCUAGUUGAUAAUU